AUGGAAUUGUUAUUAUUCACAAGUCUCCUUUGUUUAACAAUUUUUCUUGGGUAUUUAUAUUUGAAACGACAGUUUUCUCCAUCAUCUGAUGAUCCACCUGGAAUGAAACCUCAAAUUUUGGUUGGAAAUCUAAUUAAUUCAGGUCUAUUGUCAGGAAAAAGAACUUUUCCUGAAAUAUUGAUUGACUAUCAACGUCGAUAUGGUGACAAAUUCAUGUUUUGGUUCGGGCCACAUCGAUGUAUAGUAUUUUGUAGACCUGAACAUGCUCAAAUUAUAUUUACAGACCGUCACAACUUCGAACAAUCACCUUUAAUUAUGCCAAAUUUUGAUUUACUUUGUCCUUAUGGAAUUUCUUUGCUAACAGGUGCUAAAUGGAAACGUCAUAUUCGAGUUAUGUUACCAAUGUUCAAGCGAGCAAAGAUGAUAACUCAUUUAGACACUAUUCUUCAAUGUACCGAUCGUCUUAUCGAUCGAAAUCUUCAUGAUGGUCAAAUACAUCGAAAUCUUAUUGUUGAAGAAGAACAAAAUCAACAAUAUGAAACAGAAAAUCGUCGACCAAAGAAUCUUAUUGCAUCGCUUGUCUCAUCAGUUAAUGAAGAUGCCAAUGAUCAAAAAAUCUCAUCAGGUUUGACACGUGCAGAAAUGCUUGAUGAAGUAUUAUUGUCAAUAAUGGCUGGAUAUGGUACUACAUCGGCAGGUCUAUCAUGA